AUGGCUCCGCCUCCAGCCCGCCCUCCAGAGCUGCUCCCCUCCGGCCCCUUAGCCGCGGUCUGGGCGCGCGCAGCCAGCGGGCGCGACGAUGCCGAGAUGGUCCCGCCGGCGCGGAGCAGGCACCGGGAUGCGAGCGCCAAGCCACCGCCGCCGAGCGAGCUGCAGGACGACGGGGAGCUGGGCCCCAAGCACGCGUCCUCUUCCCCCGAGUUCGGCACCUGCGGGGGGCCCCUCGCCGAGCCCGCCGCGCCGCCCGCCGGGGUCGGCCUGGGGGGGCGCCUGGCCGCGCUCUGGGCCACGCCGCUGCUGGCUGCCUUUGCGGCCCUGUUACACUGGAGCCAUAUAACACGCCUCUUUGAAAAUGACCGGCAUUUUUCUCACCUCUCUACACUGGAAAGGGAGAUGGCUUUUCGCACUGAAAUGGGACUGUAUUAUUCUUACUUCAAGACCAUUGUGGAAGCACCCUCAUUCCUGCAUGGUGUGUGGAUGAUUAUGAAUGAUAACCUGACAGAAUACCCCCUAGUCAUUAACACACUGAAAAGGUUCAAUCUGUACCCUGAGGUAAUCUUGGCCAACUGGUACAGGAUUUAUAUCAAAACAAUGGACGUAGUUGGUGUUCAGACCAAGAUCUGUUGGACAGUUACCAGAGGGGAAGGGCUGAGUCCCAUAGAAAGCUGUGAAGGAUUGGGGGAUCCUGCUUGCUUUUACGUUGCUGUAAUUUUUAUUUUAAAUGGACUGAUGAUGGCAUUAUUCUUCAUAUAUGGUACCUAUUUAAGUGGCAGCCGGCUGGGAGGCCUUGUGACAGUGUCCUGCUUCUUUUUCAAUCAUGGAGAGUGCACCCGUGUGAUGUGGACGCCACCUCUCCGGGAAAGCUUCUCGUACCCAUUCCUUGUGCUUCAGAUGUUGCUGGUGACUCAUAUUCUCAGGGCUACAAAACUUCACAGAGGAAGCCUAAUUGCACUCUGCAUUUCCAAUGUCUUCUUUAUGCUUCCGUGGCAGUUUGCACAGUUUGUACUGCUUACCCAGGUUGCCUCCUUGUUUGCGGUGUAUGUUGUGGGGUACAUCGAUGUCUGUAAAUUACGACAGAUCAUUUAUAUACACAUGAUUUCUCUCACACUGUGUUUUUUUCUGAUGUUUGGGAACUCAAUGCUGCUAACAUCUUACUAUGCUUCCUCUUUGGUGACUAUUUGGGGUAUGUUGGCAAUGAAACCACAUUUUCUGAAAGUAAAUGUAUCUGAACUUAGUUUGUGGGUUAUCCAAGGGUGCUUUUGGUUAUUUGGAACUGUUGCACUCAAAUCUUUGACCUCCAGAGUCUUUGGCAUUGCUGAUGAUGCUCAUAUCGGCAACUUAUUAACAUCAAAAUUCUUUAAUUACAAGGAUUUUGAUACUUUACUGUAUACCUGUGCCGCAGAGUUUGACUUUAUGGAAAAGGAGACCCCCCUGAGGUACACAAAGACACUGUUGCUUCCUGUUGUUCUUAUAGUAUUUAUUGCAAUUGUCAGAAAGGUUAUUAGUGAUACGUGGAAUGUCUUUAUUAAGCAGCAGACACAAAUCAGAAAGUGCCAGUUUGAUCACGGAGAGCUGGUUUACCAUGCCUUGCAGCUGCUGGCAUAUACAGCCCUUGGCAUUUUGAUUAUGAGACUGAAACUCUUCCUGACACCGCACAUGUGUGUUAUGGCUUCCUUGAUCUGCUCUCGACAGCUGUUCGGAUGGCUCUUUGGCAAAGUGCAUCCUGGCGCUGUUGUGUUUGCCGUAUUAGCAGCAAUGUCAAUUCAAGGGUCAGCAAAUCUCCAAACACAGUGGAAUAUUGUGGGGGAGUUCAGUAAUUUGCCACAAGAAGAACUGAUAGAGUGGAUCAAAUAUAAUACCAAGCCAGAUGCCGUGUUCGCGGGGGCGAUGCCCACCAUGGCCAGUGUGAAGCUGUCCGCUCUGCGGCCCGUGGUGAACCACCCACACUAUGAAGAUGCAGGCUUGAGAGCCAGAACAAAGACAGUGUACUCAAUGUACAGCCGAAAAGCAGCUGAAGAAGUGAAGCAAGCAUUAAUCAAGCUGAAGGUGAAUUAUUUCAUUCUAGAAGAGUCAUGGUGUAUAAGAAGAUCCAAGCCUGGCUGCAGUAUGCCUGAAAUUUGGGAUGUGGAAGAUCCCACCAAUGCUGGAAAGACACCCCUGUGUAACCUCUUGGUGAAGGAGUCCAAGCCUCACUUCACUACUGUAUUCCAGAACAGUGUUUACAAAGUCCUAGAGGUUAUAAGAGUGAUGACAAUGUGAAUUGCUGCUGACAGCCGGUUUGCAUCAACCGUGGUCUUAAUGUUUUGCUAACAAGUCAUGUUUUGUUUUUAAUUCAAAUCCCAAAAUUUGUA